GGUUUGUGGUUUGAUUGUGAAACACCGAAAAAGUUUUAUUUUUGUAGAUUUUAACCAUGGUUAAAGCUUGGUACAUGGACAGCGACACCAACGACCAGCGUCUGGAGCACCACAGAAACCCUCCACAGUUCAUUGGGCUCCAAGAUUUAUACGCAAUAACUGGAGUUGAAUAUUUCAAUAUAAAUGUGGAGACAUACACAACAGAUGGAGUGCUGGAGAAAAUUAAAAAGGAUAGAGGAUACACAUAUGAAGAUGAAAUCACUUGUUCCAAAGACAGCCUUCCAAACUAUGAAGAGAAGAUAAAGUCGUUUUAUGAAGAACAUCUGCACACUGAUGAGGAAAUAAGGCUUGUGCUGGAUGGGUCAGGCUACUUCGACGUUCGUGACGGCGACGACCAAUGGAUCCGCAUUGCAGUGUCUGCCGGAGACAUGAUUGUCAUACCCAGUGGCAUCUACCACCGGUUCACACUGGACACUAAUAACUUCAUACACGCGAAGCGCUUCUUCAUCGGCGAGCCAGUUUGGUUGCCAUACAACCGGCCCGCCGACGACAUGCCGGCUCGGCAGGACUACCUACACAAACUGAAGGAGGGAUUUGUUGCUGCAUGAACAUUAAACAUACAUAUAAAUUAUAAACAGAGGAUGUUCUUAAUAUUUAGCUAGAUACCGCACCACAGGUAGGAAAUAGACGCCUGUAGCCUGUAGACAGCCGUGAUAGCCCAGUGGGUAUGACCUCUGCCUCCGAUUCCGGAGGGUGUGGGUUCGAAUCCGGUCCGGGGCGUGCACCUCCAACUUUUCAGUUAUGGCAUUUUAAGAAAUUAAAUAUCACGUGUCUCAAACGGUGAAGGAAAACAUCGUGAGAAUUUUCAUAAUUCUCUGCGUGUGUGAAGUCUGCCAACCCGCAUUGGGCCAGCGUGGUGGACUAAUGGCCUAACCCCUUUCAUUCGGAAAGGAGACUCGAGCUCAGCAGUGAGCCGAAUAUGGGUUUAUAAUGAUGAUGAUGACAUACAAAUAGACGACGUUCCUGAUAUUUAGCUAUAGCUUGGCAAAUUCGUUGAUGACACUCCCAUGGUAUGCGGGCGACGGGCGGUUGGCGGCAGAAAGACAUCGCGGUUGUGAAGUCGUGUGCGCGGGGCAUCGCUACGACCCGGCUCCCGCGGACCAUCGGGAGUGUUUCGAACGAAUUAGCCAUGCUAUAGAUACCGCACCACAGGCAAGAAAUAGACGCCUACUAUACACAUAUCUCUUGAAGACAAAAAUAUAUAGUCAACCAAUAACAGCUUAACUGGAAACAUCGCUUACUGUUUCGUCACAUCACAACGAAAGAGAGCGAUAUUUCCGGUAAGCUAUUGGCUGACAAUAUGUAAUUUAAUCUUCACGAGAUAAGUCAUGGCGCGAAUUUGUGGCCUUCUAAAGGCAUUCCAAAUUUAAAUAUAGCACACAUCAACUCUGAACAGUAUCGUAAUCGUAUCGCCGUCGAUAGCUAGGUGACGCCGCCGACGAAGUUGUCAGCAGAGCUCUGUCUACUUCCAAAACGCGGUGUCUAGCUAAAUAUCAGUCCACAGUCUGUAAUAAGAUAUAUCAAUUUGAUAAUAUUUUUUGUUAUUUAAGCUAUCUAAGAAACAGUAAGUACUACAUAUGAAUAAGUGUUGGCCGAAAAUUUGUAUAUCCAGAAUAUUUUUAUAGGUACCUGUUAAUAUUUUUAAUGUUAUA